GAGUCUUUGAGCGCUGCGCCGGCAGCACCCCGAGGGACCGUCGCGCCGCCGCCCCGCGCCGCGUUUUCUCACGGGAAGGAAGGGGUUCAAUUAAAGGACGCCGCCCCGUAGGUUCGAGGACCGGUCCGAGGGCGAGGGCGAGUGGGGUUCGUCGCCGAUCCGCGCGCGGGGGUCUCCGUGCCCCGUGGGAGCGUCGGGGCCGCGAGGGGAGUGAGCUACGUACUCCACACGCGCGCGUGCACACGCAUUAAUGGCGAAAGGAAUUGUUCGCCGCCAGAAAUGUUGCAACAGGACACGCCAGCAGACGACUCAAAUGACUGUAGUCGCCUGGAGCUGUCGUGCUUCGAGGGCUGUGCGUCGGACGCCGAGGCAGAGCGCGAGGAGCCGCAGACGCAGCAGCGGGGGGCGGAGGCGGAGGCGGAGAGGACAGGGCAGGAGGCGGAAGGAGGAGAGGGUGAAGGAGAGGGGGCAAGGAAGGAGGCGGAGGCGGAGGAGGAGGACGCUGCAGGGUCCCCGCCCCCGGCGUCGCCUGACUGCAUCUGCGACGCGCUCGACUUGACGGGGCUCGAGGGCGCCCCCGCGCACACCUCCACCCCCAAGGCGCCCCCCGCGCCCCGACGCCGCCCCGGCGCCACCCACAGCGCGCGCGGGUUCACGCGGGGUCGGCGCCCGACGCUGCGGCACUCGGGGCGCCCGCGCCAGCGCUCAGCGCUUCCGCGUCCAAUAGGGCCGAGGAGGGAGGGGGGCGGGUCGCUCCGCGAUGCGCGCUGCCCAAAUCGCGCCCGCCUCCGCCGAGUGCGCCUUGCCUUCCCUCUCGGCGAAUGGCGCUCCGCCGCGCCAGCGCGCCCGCCGUCACCGAGCGAAGAGUUCGCCGGCGAGCGAGCGUGUGGAGCAACUGACCAUGUCGCUGUUCAGCGGUUCGCGCGCGCCCUCAGAGUGGUGGCGCAGAAGCGGAGCGCAAACCAGAAGACGCACAAAGCGUCGGCGAGGAGUGCGCCCGCCAGCGUCGCUGCCAGCAGCAGAGAACGCAGCCCCGACCGAAGUUGGCUCCGGGCGGGCGCGGAGGCGGGCGCGCCGGUGCGGCGCUGGCUGGAGGAGCUGGCGGCGGCCACGGAGCCCGAGUGCACGACGGCGCUGCAGAGCAAGUCGCUGGCGGCCGACCUGGGCCGGCAGGUGGCGGCGGCGGCGGCGGCGGCCACCAGCUCCGUGCGCGCCCUGCAGGAGCGCUCGCGUCGCAUCGCCGCCGAGUUCAACAAGCUCUGCAGGCAGCUGGAGCUGGGCGCGAUGGAGCACGUGGGGCCGCUGGUGCAGUCGCUGACGGGCCACGUGGCGGAGUUCGCGCGCCAGCAGGCCAACGGCGGCCGGGCGCUGGAGGCGCUUGAGAGCGCGCGGGUAGUAUCGGGGUCAGGCAAGGGGCAGCACAAGGGCGAGGACGCUGGCCAGGAGCAGGGUGGGUUCGAGCAGACCAGGCCAGACCCUGUGGUGGUGUCGGUGGUGGAGGCGCCGGCGAGCGAGAUGGCGCUGCGCGCGGCGCUGGCGGCGCUGGCCGCGCUGGGUUUGGAGGGCCGCCACCUGAGCGCGCUUGUGGCGGAGGCCGGCGGCGUGCGCGCGCUGCUGGCCGUGGUGCUGGAGUCGCGCUGCAGCUCGGUGCGCGCGGCCGCCAUGCGGGCGCUGGCGGCGGUGGCGUGCGCGCCCGACGCCAUCCGCUGCCUGGAGAGCGCGGGCGGCGUGGAGGUGCUGGCGGAGCUGCUGGCGGACGACGCGCGGCCCGAGCCCGAGCUGGCGGAGGCGGCGGCGGUGCUGGCGCAGGCCACGGCGCCCUGGGUGGAGGACAACCCCGGCGUGCGCGGCCUCGCGCAGCACCUGCCCUCGCUCGUGCGAUCGCUCUCCGGGCUGGCGGAGCGGACGUCGUGCGCGGAGACGCUGCUGCUGUCGGCGGCGGCGCUGGCCAACGUGACGCACAUGGAGCCGCGCGCCGUGUGGGAGCUGCUGGCGGCGGGCAGCGCGGGCCGCCUGCUGCGCGCCGUGCGCCGCCUGGGCGCCGCCGCCUCCGUCUUCCUGCAGGAGCAGGCCGCCGCGCUGCUUGCCGCCAUGGCCGCCGUGCCCGAGUCGCGCGCGCGCCUCGCCCACGAGCGCGCCGUCGUCGCGCUGCUCUGCUUCCUGCAGGUGCGCGCCUCGCCCCUGCAGGACCAGCCCGAGAUCGCCGCGGCCGAGCGCCUGCAGCACAAGUCGGCCAUCGCGCUCUCCAGACUCUGCAGUGAUCCUGCUGUUGCUGAGCAAGUAGUAGUCCUACAAGGUGUCACGCGAUUAGUACGUUUGUGCAGAGAUGAAAGAGAACGUAAUCACAGUGAUGGAGUUCUUGUGGCAUGUUUGGCUGCUUUGAGAAAGAUUGCUGCAAACUGUGGAACCCAAGUAAUUGAAGAUCUCGAUGCCCUUGAACUAGUGGAACCUCGAUUGUUAGACUCAUUCCUUCUUUACUCAUCACGACAAGAAAGUUAUGUGUAGAGAUAUCUCAACACCAAAGAUUGUAAUUCUAUAUAACCAACUGCAAAGUGAUCAUUUCAGGACAGAACGCCAAGGUAUUGAUUAAUGUUGUCAAUUAGGUUUUCAGAAAAUAAUUUGUUACUGUACAGUUAUUGUAUAAACAUUUUUUAUUGUUUUUUAAGAU